GAGACGGACGUGGUGUCACGGUUAUCACCGAUGUUAAAUACUUGAAUYAUUACUUAAUCAUUAAUUUGCCUUCCGUUUUGCAAUUUAUUUUUAGGCAUUCUCUGCCGUCAAUAGUAAAUCAUUUGCCUAAUAAAUCAUUCGAAAGGAAGCGGCUAGCGCUGUGAGAUAAUUCUAUAAAUUACAAACAAUUUACUUCAAUAUGGAGGACAACCUGCCAUCCAAGUAUGAAGUGAUCGUCAUUGGCACUGGUAUGACUGAGUCAAUUGUUGCAGCUGCUGCUAGUCGAAUUGGAAAACGAGUUUUACAUUUAGAUAGAAAUGAUUAUUAUGGUGGUAUGUGGGCAUCAUUUACAUUUGAAGCUCUUCAAAAGUGGUUAGAUGAAUGUAGAAAUGGAAAAACAAAUGAUUUUGUGAAAACAUCUUCUUCAUUAGUGCAAGACACUGAGAAGUCUAUAACUAUAGGCAAUCAAUUUUCCACUGUAUUCAAUAUUGAAGAAAAAUGGUUUAUACCUGAAAAACUUCCUUCAGUUGGUAAUUUACUCAGUGCAAAAAUUACCCAAACUGAAGAUAGUCCAAAAGAAAGUAAAGAUGGAUUGACUGAAGCUGAAGCUACAUUAAAACAGAAUGAUAAACUUUGGUGUCAGGCUAAAAUUAAAACCCUGGGACGUAAAUUUAACCUGGAUUUAGCACCAAAAUUACUUUUCUCCCGUGGCACUCUGGUAGAACUUCUUAUUUCAUCAAAUAUCUCUCGUUAUGCUGAAUUUCGAUGUGUAAAUCGUAUUCUUACAUGGCAGUCUGAUAAAUUAGAAACAGUUCCAUGUUCUCGAGCAGAUGUUUUUGCUACUAAGAAUGUUGGACUUAUUGAAAAACGACAAUUAAUGCAACUAUUGACUUUGUGUGUUGAAUAUAAGCCAGAGAGUGGUGAAUUUAAAGGAUUUGAAGAUAAAACAUUAAAACAAUACUUAGAAAGCAAAGGCUUAACUGAAAAUCUAAUGCAUUAUGUAUUAUAUGCUAUUGCUAUGUCAAAUGAUACAACACCAUGUAUGGUUGGUGUUGAAAGAACCCAACGAUUCUUAAGUAGCCUCGGUCGUUAUGGUAACACACCAUUUUUGUGGCCCAUGUAUGGUACUGGAGAACUUCCACAAUGUUUUUGCCGGCUAUGCGCUGUUUUUGGAGGUGUGUAUCAUCUGAAACGGGCAGCUGAUAGUAUUAUAGCAGACAACAAUGAAUGUAAAGCUAUUUUAUCUGAUGGAUCAAGGCUUGAUUGUGAUCAUCUUGUAAUGGGUGUUGCUGAUGCUCCGCCAGAGUUUUUAGGCUCUGUUCCUAAAGCAGGUCUUUCAAGAGGCAUUUUUAUAAUUGAUAGAUCAAUAUCUACCACGGACAAAGAGUCUUUGACAUUACUUCAAUUUCCAAUUAAAGGAAAAGAGCCAAUAACAGUAAUUGAAGCAGGACCAUCCACUCAUGUUUGCCCACCAGGACUAUAUUUACUACACAUGACCACUAAACAAAUUGAUAAUGCAGUUAAUGAUUUAAAACCGGCUGUUGAUGCAUUAUUACAUUCGGAAUAUGCAGAUGGCACUACAAUUAGAAUAAAUACCGAUACUCAAUCAACCCAAACGUCAAAAGAGGGGGAUUCGUCUGCAUCAAGUGGGGAGUCAAACAUACUAAAUGAGUCAUUAAAGCCUCAAAUAUUGUAUGCGUUAUAUUUUAAUUGUCCUGAAACAUCUGAAUAUGAUCUAUCACAAAAUGUUCCGAGUAAUGUACAUUUGUGUUCAGGACCUGAUCUAGAUGUUGAUUAUGAGUUUGCUGUUAAACAAGCAAAAUCUAUUUUUUCAAAAAUGUACCCAGAUUCUGAAUUUUUGCCCCGUGCUCCUGAUCCUGAAGAACUAUCUCUUGAAGUUGAUGAAGCUGCUGGCCCUCCCUUCCAAAGUUCUGAAGAACCUAAAGAAGAAUGAAUUAACUUAUAAAAUAUCCUGCAUUCGCUUUAAUUUUUUUAUGAUGGCUAUUAUUUCACCAAUUUAAUCUAAGAUAAUAGUUAGCUUUUUAUACUUGUAUAACUGGUUUAUUAUCUAGCGAUCUAAAAAUAAUAUAUAUUUAAACAAUAUUUAUAUUUUAUUUAAUAAAUCUGAUAAAAGGAGUUCAUAAUAGAAAAGUAGUAAUUAUUAUUAAUAUUAUUUUUAUUGAAUAUUUAAGUGAAAAUAUAAUUUUUGUUCACUUAAAUAUAUGACAUCUUACUAUAUUAAUUWACCGAUUAUAAUAUAAUGCCUUUAUUAUGAGAUUGAGAUUCAAUACUUUACACUUUGAAAUGCUAAWUUCAAAAUUCAAUUUUUCAGUUUUGAUAAGAAUAUAAUGUAAUUGCAUAAAUGAACACUAUUUAAAAAAAUUUCAUUUUUAUUACAUGAUUUGAAUAGAAAAAUAUCUAAGUUACAAGAUUUUUGUUUUGUCAUUAAUAUUUAUCAACUGUAACAUCUAGCAUAAAAUAUUUAUUAUUAUAUCUAWAAUAUGAACUCCUCUUAACUACAUUCCCAAGUUUUUUUAAUAAAAAUAUUAUUUGGCAACUGUACUCCGUUUCAAAAGAGAACUUACCAGAUAUCAACCGGUUUCAAUCUAAUGGCACACACCUCAUCCCACUAUAGAACCUGCUUUCCGGGGUAUUUAAAAAAAAAAUUUUUAUAUUGAAAACAAAAUUAUAUAAAAAAAAAAACAUAUAUCUAUUAACAAAUUUUU